UAUCUAUCACACGACAUAUUAAAAUCUUAUCUCUCAUUUUCUCUCUCUAACUUUCUCUCUCAUCUUCAACGUACCAACACUUCGAUCUAAAGCUCGUUAAUGGCGUAAAUCCUCUCAGAUCUGAACCUAUUUCACACACUACACACACUCACAACCUCACACCACCAUCCACCGCCUCACCGGCCACUUUUCCGGCAACCUUUUCCGGCGAUGACGUACUCGUUUCCAGAAGAAGUGCUAGAACACGUGUUCUCGUUUCUGACGUCACAAAACGACCGUAACGCGGCGUCGUUAGUGUGCAGGACGUGGUAUGAGAUGGAGCGGUGGUGCCGGAAGCGGAUUUUUGUCGGAAAUUGUUACGCUGUAAACCCUAGGGUUUUGAUUCGGAGGUUUCCGGAGGUGAAAGCGGUGGAGUUGAAGGGGAAACCGCAUUUUGCGGACUUUAAUUUGGUGCCGGAAGGUUGGGGAGGGUUUGUGUAUCCGUGGAUUGUUGAGUUUGCUAGGGUUUAUCCGUGGUUGGAGGAGAUUAGGUUGAAGAGGAUGGUGGUUACUGAUGAGUGUUUGGAGAUUGUUUCUAAGGCGUUUAGAAACUUCAAGGUGUUGAUUUUGUCGUCGUGUGAGGGGUUUAGUACUGAUGGACUUGCUGCUGUUGCUGCUAAUUGCAGAAACUUAAGAGUACUGGAUUUACGGGAAUGUGAAGUUGAAGAACUAAGUGGGCAUUGGCUGAGUCACUUUCCUGAUUCUUUUACCUCACUGGAAUCUCUAAACAUAGCGUGUUUGAGUUUGGAAGUUAGUUUCUCAGCACUUGAACGGUUGGUUUCCAGGUCACCCAAUCUGAAAACCCUUCGACUAAAUCGCACUGUACCCCUUGAGAAAAUAUCCAAGCUCCUACAGCGAGCCCCACAGCUCGCUGAUUUCGGUACCGGUGCCUACUCAGCUGAAAUCCGGCCUGAUGUUUAUUCAAGUUUACAAGAGGCUUUUUCAGGCUGCAAGAAACUUAAAAGCUUAUCAGGGUUUUGGGAUGUGGUUCCAGCUUAUCUACCAGCUGUUUUUUCCGUGUGUUCUCAGCUUACUUACUUAAACUUGAGCUAUGCAACUACACAAAGUCCAGAUCUUAUCAAAGUUAUUAGUCAAUGUCAUAAUUUGCAGCGUCUAGUGGUAUUAGAUUACAUCGAGGACAUGGGCCUAGACACCGUUGCUGUAACUUGUAAAGACCUAAGAGAACUGGUGGUUUUCCCAUCCGACCCGUUUGUAGCGGAUGCAAACGUACUCCUAACAGAAGAAGGUCUCGUUUCGGUUUCACAAGGUUGCUCAAAACUCCAAUCCGUCCUAUAUUUCUGUCGCCAGAUGUCAAAUUCCGCACUAAUUUCAAUCUCUAAAAACCGCCCUAACCUAACAUGUUUCCGUUUAUGCAUUCUUGAACCCCGCGCCCCUGAUUACCUAACAUUCGAACCCCUGGAUGUUGGUUUCGGUUCCAUAGUUGAAAACUGCAAAGAGCUUACACGCCUUUCAAUGUCGGGCCUUCUUACAGACCGUGUAUUUGAAUACAUCGGGAAACACGCUAAAAAACUAGACAUGCUUUCGGUAGCUUUCGCAGGGGACAGUGAUUUAGGUUUGCAUCAUGUCUUGUCGGGCUGUGAAAGUUUAAGGAAGCUGGAGAUUCGUGAUUGUCCGUUCGGUGAUAAAGCUUUACUAGCAAACGCUUCGAAGUUGUUGACAAUGCGAUCCCUUUGGAUGUCUUCGUGUUUUGUUAGUUUUGGAGCGUGUAAACUACUCGGUCAGAAAAUGCCUGGUUUAAACGUUGAAGUUAUCGACGAACGUGAAAAUCUGAAUUUGCUUCCCGAAAACGCCCCUGUUGAAAAAGUUUAUAUUUACCGAACGGUUUCUGGUCAAAGGCUUGACAUGCCGGAUUUCGUACGGAUAAUGGGUAAAGACAAAAACGGCGUGUACAAUCUUUCGUGAGGUUAUGUGAUAAAGGGUUGUGAUUUGCUGCUACAUUUGGAUAUUUGAUCCUCUGAUGCUGCUGCAUCUGGUGUAUGAGUUUGUAGAAUGUAUUUGUUGUAUUGAGUUUCUUUUAAUAAAAGAUUCUUGUAACACCAUAAUGUUUGUCACCAAACUUGUAUGUUUUACCCCUUGCAUCUUCAAAUAACAUCAAUAUUCAUAUUC